AUGGAUGUACCGUACACAGUGGAGGUGGCACUGAUGAAAGUGGCCGAGAAGUUGAUUAUACUGAAUGAUCGAGCGGUGGGAAUGCUCACACGACUGUACAAUAUCAAAAAAGCGUGUGGCGACCCGAAAUCGAAGCCGCAGUUCUUCAGCGAGAAAUCCAUGGAAGCUUGCAUCAAGCAUAUUGUGCGCAAAUUUCCAACCAUCGAUACCCGGUCCAAUAAUGUAACUUUUUGCUUUUAG